AUGGCUAAUCGAACGGUAAAAGAAGCCCCGACAAUUAAGGGUACAAAUCCACAAUAUUUAAUUGAGAAAAUUAUUCGAUCUCGAAUAUAUGAUUCUCGGUAUUGGAAAGAAGAUUGUUUUGCUCUUACCGCUGAAUUGGUAGUUGAUAAAGCUGUUGAAUUGAAGUGCAUUGGUGGUGUUUGUGGAGCAAAUAUUCGACCGGCGCCAUUUUUAUGUUUAGUACUUAAAAUGUUACAAAUAUGUCCAGAAAAAGAUAUUAUUGUUGAAUUUAUUAAAAAUGAAGAAUUUAAAUACGUUCGUGCACUUGGUGCAUUCUAUAUGCGACUUGUCGGUACUUCAGUGGAAAUUUACAAAUAUCUAGAACCACUCUAUAAUGAUUAUCGCAAGAUGAAAUAUCUAAAUAAAAAUGAUAAAUAUGAACUUUUAUAUAUGGAUGAAUUUAUUGAUCAGUUAUUACGCGAAGAACGUGUAUUAGAAGUUCAAUUGCCUCGCUUACAAAGACGUAAUGUUUUAGAAGAAAAUAAUCAAUUAGAACCUCGUCAAUCUGUGCUUGACGAAGAUAUUGAUGAUAAUGAAUCGAGUGCUGAAAGUGAAGAAGAAGAAGAAAAGAAACCUAAAAAGAAAGAAACAAUAUCAGAAAAGCCAAAGAAAAAAUGGAAAGAUUUGGACAAGCCAAGCAGAUCACCGUCGCCACGUUAUGCACGAUCAGUGUCACCACGAGAGAAAAAUUCGAAAAAGAGACGACGUUCAAGAAGUCGAUCAAGAUCGAAAUCACGUUCACCUGCACGUGACAGCAGAAAAAAACAUUCAAGUCGACAUGAGCAUCGCGAUAAAAAAGAUCGGAACCGAGGUCAUGAUCGCGAAAAAGAAAAACGGCGGCGAGAUUAA